AUGCCCCGUCACGCGCCUCAGAUCAACGGAGCCGGCUGCGCCUCGAGUCUGUGCACCUUCCGCCCAGGCACCUCGGCGUCACGGGGUCACGCGCUUUGCAGGUGGAAGAAACUCGACGCCCCCCUUCUCUUUCUUUGGUCCGUCCUCGUGGCCUUUCUCGCACCGCAGCUUGCUCCUCUUCCCUCGUGCACGUCUUUCCCUCGCGUCUCGGCCGCAAACGUCGAGUCGCAUGCAAGCGCCGGCUCCGCCGACGUGAACUCCGCCGCUCUUCCCAGGCCUGCCGCCUCGCCCGUCGCUCCGUCUUCGUCCUCUGCGCUCGCGGGCCCCGACAGAGUCCAGGCGUUUCCCUUGAGGCGCCUCGCCUUUGGUUCAUGCUUUAGCACCCACGAACAGCGGUCGUCGCUCUUGUCUCCGCUCCGCGCUUUGUUUAUGUCCGAGACACAGAGAGUCGAGGCAGAAGAAGAGAAGAGACGGGAACUGAAACACUUUGAAAACGAUGUUUGGAUUCGCCUCCAAGAACAACAUCCCGAUGCCUGGAUAUGGAUGGGCGACGCGGGAUACUCACGGUCGCACGAUGUCGCCGCCGUCCGUCUUGCGCUGGAGCAAGUGAAGCGUGUGUCUCCGUAUCGCGACUUUCGUCGCUCCCUCCAAUUCCUCGACGGCACGUGGGAUGACCACGACUACGGUAUGAACGACGGCGGGAAAUACCAGAAAGAUCGCGAGCGGCUGCGCCAGGCCUUUCUCGACUUCCUCGAUGUCCCGGAAAACUCGCGGCGGCGCCAAGGCCGUCGUGGGGUCUACUCGUCCCACGUUUUCGGAAUUCCUGAGGCGCGUGACUCAGACCGGGAGGGCGACACGUGGAAAAGAGAGAAGCCGAAAGUACCAGGCGAAAGGAGAGGGAAAAUACUCACAGAAGGCGAGGACGCGGCAGAGCGUGAGCGCGAGAGUGGCCACGAAGGCGCCGCGAACGGAGAGAGGCGAGAGGCAGAGAAGACGGGAGAGCCGAACCAGAUCGAAACAAAUGACCGUUUCUACCCAGGCACCGAGGUGAAGUUGAUUCUUCUCGACACAAGGCAUGAACGCGACGAUCAUUUCAUCCCCAGCGCAGUGUCUUUCUGUUUCCGCUGCCUGCGCAGACUGGGAGGAAACUACGAGGGCGACCUGCUCGGCGAGGAGCAGUGGCGGUGGCUUGAGAGUCAGUUGACGAACUCGACAGCGUCUGUGCAUCUCGUCGUGUCUUCCAUUCAAGUCUCGACCUCGCUCCCGAUUGUUGAGAGCUGGGGACACUUCCCGCGCGCGCGGCAGAGACUGAUCAACCUCCUCGAACGCACCAAACCGGCAGGACUGGUCUUCCUUUCCGGCGACGUUCACUUUGGAGAAAUCUCUGGAGACGAAAGGAAUAUCCUGGAAAUCACGAGCAGCGGCAUGACGCACACCGCGGGGGACUCUUUUCUGAAGCGCCUGCUGGUGGAAAAGGUCAUCCUGCCGUUCUACAACGCGCACCGGAGACAGCCGCGCGACGUGUACGUACACCGGAACUUUGGGCUCCUCGACUUCCGCUACUUGAACGCGAAAAAGGAGGAAAUCAGGACGCCUGCCGAUGCUGCGCGUCUCGGGCCGGUGGCGUUCGUCGACCUUGACAUGAAGAUCGCAGACGCGCGCACUGGAGCCGUGGCUCUCUCUGCCAAGCAGACGUUCCCGGCGGCUGCGUCUUUGGCCGAGGCGCCGCGCGGCAGAGACACCGGAGACACGCCUGCUUUCGUCUCGCAAAGCUUUUCGGAGUUCUCAGCGCACGUGCCCCACGUGGUGCCGCACCCCACCACGUGGAUAGAGGCUCUUGUUUUGUGGUUUUUCUGGCCCAUCGCGCUCUUGGUGUGUCCCGUGCUCCUCGGGUAUUUCGUCCUCUCGCUGGCUGCUCGAACGCGCCCCGCGUUCUCAGCCCGAGGCGCGCCAGGGUCGCCUCAAAGUGCAGAGGCCGCAAGGAAGUCCGGCGGAGGCGCGGAGAAGCGGCGCAGCCGGAAACGGGCGGCCUGA